AUGCCCAGCAAAUUACUCCGAAGGCUCGUGAGAGGCCGUGGCAAGGAUUGUAAGAGCCUGCCACCCAAAAACAAGAGUAAGACGAGGUCAAACAAGGUGGUGAAGUCGUCCAAACGUAGACCAACUGAAAAUGUUCAGAAAGAAAGUCAAAAAGCCAAAGUAGUAGACGCUUCAGAGCUCAACUGGAAAACUGUCGACAUCCCUGACACUAUGGAUGACUAUGGUGGGUUUUAUGGUCUCGAGGAAAUCGAUGGUGUUGAUGUAAAAGUAGUGGAUGGAAACGUUCAGUUUAUUGCCAAGGAUCCUAAAAAGGCCGUUAAGAGUCAAACUGAGCUCGAACAAGAGAAAGGGGAUGUUUCUGAACACGAUGAACGGGCCGACGGUGAUGAUAGCGAUAAAAUGGAGGGUUUAAUCGAGUUCAAGAACAUGGACGACUUGGAAGAAGGCGAGUUGGACGAUUCCUCGUCCGACGAUGCAGAACAACAAGACCAAGAAGAAGAGAUGAAGGAUGUUCCCGCUGAAGAAGACGAAUCCAAAGUAGAAUCACUACAGCAGCCGUUGACUAAUGAAGAAAGCGAAAGAGACAACGAACCACAGCAGUCAGGGAAUGAGGAAAUUGAAAUUGAAACCGAGCAACAGCCCGAUGACGAACUAAAAUCCAACGUUUUUGGAGGCGACAUCGACCUCGAGAACUUAGAGGCUCUUCCAGAGUGGACAAAUAAAAUGAAGCUGUCAAUGACCACUUUGCAAGGUCUCUCUGAGCAAUAUUUUGUGCGGCCCACGGAAAUUCAGUCCAAGGCCAUACCACUUGCCUUGGAAGGUCACGAUAUAAUGGGGAAAGCCUCGACGGGUUCCGGUAAGACACUAGCAUAUGGCAUCCCAAUCUUGGAAAAGCUUGUCGCCGAUCAAUCCGGCAGCAGAACAAUCGGGGUCAUUUUUACACCUACGCGUGAGCUUGCGCACCAGGUCACCCAGCAUAUGCAGAAAUUGGCAUUCUCCAUCAACAAAAAAAAUCCUUAUGCAAUUGUUUCCCUCACUGGUGGUCUAUCCAUUCAAAAACAAGAGCGCUUGCUUAAGUAUGAGGGCUGUGCCAGAAUAGUUAUUGCCACACCUGGUAGAUUUCUGGAAAUUCUUGAAAGAGACCCGAAAUUAAUCGACCGUUUCUCUGAAAUCGACUGCUUAGUUCUUGACGAAGCAGACAGACUGCUUCAAGAUGGUCACUUCGAUGAGUUUGAGAAAAUCCUCAAACACUUGGGAAAGGCUAGAAACAUGAAAAAGAAGGCAAAGAGCAAAUAUGCCGGUACAGGCUGGCAAACGAUGAUUUUUUCAGCGACCUUCUCGAUGGACCUUUUCAAUAAGCUCACAACUACAACUUGGAUGAAACUGAAAAAUGGCAAGGAAACCAACGAAAUGGAAGAGGCGCUCAAGCAUUUGAUGACUAAAAUACAUUUCAGGUCGAAACCACUCAUCAUCGAUGUUAACCCCGAAAACAAAAUACACUCGAAGAUCACUGAGUCGCUGAUAGAAUGCUUACCGACAGAAAGAGAUCUUUACACAUAUUACUUCUUAACAGUUUACCCUGGAACGACGCUAGUUUUCUGCAACGCAAUUGAUUCCGUCAAAAAGCUUAAUUCCUAUCUCUCUUUUCUGGGGAUCUCGUCGUUUCAAAUCCAUUCAUCGAUGACCCAAAAGAAUCGUCUAAAAAAUCUGGAGAAGUUUCAGCAACAGGCCUCUAAAAACAAAUUGACAGGCAAACCUACCGUAUUAAUAGCCAGUGACGUUGCAGCCAGAGGUUUGGACAUUCCAGAUAUACAACACGUCCUAAAUUACCAUCUGCCAAGGAGUGCUGAUGUCUACAUUCAUAGGUCCGGAAGAACGGCUCGUGGUGAUAAUGAGGGUGUUUCAGUUGUGGUGUGCUCCCCUCAAGAAGCAAUGGGGCCACUCAGAAAAUUGAGGAAAGUUCUUUCUUCAAAGUCAGCAGAAAAGCAUGGUAAAAAAUGGCAAAAAGACGUUCCAGUGUUUCCUAUUGAGCCCGGUAUUCUGUCACAGCUGCGCGAAAGAGGCUCGUUGGCAAAUGAACUAGCAGAAGACCAGUUGGCAACACGGUCAUUAAACAAGGACGAAAAUUGGUUGAAAAAAGCGGCAGAUGAACUGGGAAUCGAACUCGACUCGGAGGACGAAUCUAAAGACAUUAUUUUGGCUAAAAACAAGUACAAAAAGCAGAGCAAACAGCUGGGCAAACAAGAAAUUAAAAACUUAAAAUUCGAACUGAACCAGCUGCUGAAAAAGCCAAUUCGGAAAGAUUUGCGUAAAAGCUAUCUGACGGGAGGUUUUACAAAUCUAGCAGACAACUUAGUAAAAAACGUUGGGCACUCGACCAUUAUCGGGCAGGAAAAAACCGAUGCAUUAGAUCUUUUGAAGAAAAACAAAAGGGGUCGCAAAUAA